AUGAGCCAGCGGCGCAACAUUUCGCACACUGUUCAACAAAAAAUGAUUGUGGAACAUCGGAGACACGAGCAAAAGCGUGAAGAUCAGACAAAACUUGUUGCUAAAGAGAUGCAGAUGAAAGCCAACCUCCUGAGCGAGGAGAGAUUGGAGAGGAAAAGAUACUUGCGCAAGCUGCAGGACGAGGAACACGAGAAACAAAUCGAGGAUGCUCUUUUCAAGGCAGAACAGGACAGACUAUUCAAGGAAAAGCAGCUAGAACAGGAGGAACGCAUGGCCAAGGAGCUGGCUCGAAUCAGCUAUGAGAAAUUAAGAGAUGAAAAAAUGCGGCAGUACAUAAAAGAGAACAGUGUGGAACUUCGUGAGCUUGAGUCAAAGCUCAAGUCGGCCUACUUAAACAGGGAAAGGGCAGCACAAAUUGCUGAAAAGGAAGCCAUGAGGUACGAGACAAUGAGGCAGGAAGCGGAGAUUGCACGUAGAAUGAAAACUGAACACGAGCGAGUGAGUGUGGAGGAGGAAAAACAGGAGCAGAGGCGUUAUGAGGACGUGCUGCGUUACCAGCAGGAACUUGAACGACAGCUGGAGGAGAAAGAACGCAAAAGACAGGAGGCCUACGAGGAGUUCCUCAAGGAGAAGCUCAUGGUCGACGAAAUUGUCCGCAAGAUUUACGAGGAGGACCAGUUGGAGCGACAGCUGCGGCUGGAGAAGAUAUCAGCCACUCAAAGGUACAUAGAGGAGUUCCAGAAGAAGCAGGCUGAGUGGAGGCGCCUGGAACGGGAGAGAAUGGAGGCGGAGAACAGACGCAUUCUGGAAUAUGCAACCAAGCAGCAGAGGAAGGAGGAGGACAGAAUGGCCAAAGUCAGAGAACGAGAACAGGCCAAGGAAAGCCUUCAGAAGAUGCUCUCUGAGAAGAUUGAAAAGGAGAGACAGCAGCGUGAGGAAAUGGAGCGUGUCCGUCAGGAGCUGUACCUGGAGGAGCAGGCGGAGGCUACGAGACAGAAAGAAAUCGAUGACAUGGAAAAGAGAAUCCGACAGAGACUGGAGCUGCAGCAAACCUGUCACGAGCAAAUGGCCUUUAAACAAAUGCGUAAACAGGCAGAGAAAGAGGAGGAAGAGGCUUUCAGACAGAUGAUGUUGGCCAAGUUUGCGGAGGAUGACCGCGUUGAGCAAAUGAACGCUCAGAAACGACGCAUGAAACAGCAGGAGCAUAAGAGAGCCGUGGAGAAGCUUCUGGAAGAGAGGAGACAGCAGUACCUCGCAGACAAGGAGCGCGAAGCUGAGGAGAGGGCCAUUGAGCAGGAGAGGGAGGCGCUGCGUCGACAGAUCAUCGAGGAGGAGAGACAGAAGCUCCUCAAACUCCAUGCCACAAAGCUGCUGGGAUAUCUCCCAAAGGGUAUUUUCAGAGAGGAUGACCUGGAACACUUUGAUGAAGAUUUCAAAAGCAAUUUUCAACAACGGCGGGCAGAUAUUUUCUCAGAUGGUGGCUGGGAUGAUGAGGAACAAUAA